AUGUCAGAAAAAAAACAGUGGAUGAAGAAGCAGCUGAACGACAAGGCAAAGCACAUUGCUGGCAAGCUCAACGACAUGCUGACGACCGGUGUCUCGCUUCAGGCCCUCCUCACGGCCAUGCAGUACGUGCCUAGCCUCAUCAGCCACCUCUACACGCUGCCCCCAAGUCUCACGUCGGGCUUGUCCGAGCUCUUGAACCGUGCUUGCAAGGACACCUUUGUCAAAGCCUUUUUUGCCAAGGUAAACCUGUCUGCACCGGCUGGAGCUGAAGGUCAUGACGUUACGCUGGAACAGCUCCUGGAGGCUCGCCUCUUCACACGGGCCAACACCGGGGGCUUUGGCCUGCACGACUUGGUUGAGCGCGGUCCGGUGGCUUAUGUCUGCAACAUGGCCAAGCUGGCCACUCGCUACCCUCGGGUCUACGAUCGACUUUUGGAGGAUGAAUCGAGGGCUGCUGACUUUGAGAACCACGUGCAGCGAGCCGGCUUCCAGAUGGCCACGGUCAAGGACGCGGCGACCCAGCGACCAGCUGAGAUCAUUGCCCUCCGCUCCAAGGCGGCACUGGACGACCUGAUGGCCAAGUGCGCGCUGGACCUGCAGCAGGCAUAUCUGGCCUCACGCGAGUGGGGCGUCAGCACUGUCUUGACCAUGCGCGGGCGAGACAAGUUGCGUCGCUUGAGCGACACGACCUUUGCCAUUGCGGUCGUGUCCAUGAUAAUAAAUAAUAAAUUAGCCCAACCCCCGACCACCUCGCAAGCCUGCAUCAAGGUGGGCGCUGCCCUUCGCCGAGCCGAAAAGGAGAAGCGCGACUACUACACCGGUUUCAACCAUGGAAAAACUCUGAUCGUCCCUGCGGCGAUGACGACAACCGGUGGGUUCGCCUCCUCCUUUGUGGAUCUGCUUGGUCAGCUCGCCCGCUGCGCCGAGGCCCGUGGUGUGUACCAGCCGGGGCUGGAUGAGGCGUUUGUUCCUCGAUGGAAGGGUCGCUUUGCGGCGCUGGUCCAUCAGAUGAACGCUGACCACAUCCAGCGCCACUUUGGCGGUGUCUGCCUGCGCUCGUCGUAG